AAUUUUGUGUUCAUAUUAAGAAAGCAGAAACAAAUUUGUGUGUUUAAUAUAUAAUUGCUGGCCUGUUUUAUAUUUUGCCUUAUGCUUUUGUCCACUAAAGUUGAGAAGAGAAGUUUUGUCUUUUUUUUUGUUUGUGGUUGUUUUACUUCACCGCCACGUUUUCCGAAGAGUUCAAACUCAUUUCUAAUGUUUCUGUGUCAAUACUUCAAAUGAUUAAGAGUUUAAGUCGUGUUAUUUUAAUUAUGCCAUUGCCCAACUUCUCCGCGCGGGACUCGGUUACGCUGGGAACUAGGAUAGCGCAACGUCAGACUCAAUACACCAUGCUUGGAGCAACGUCAGCCUGAAGUUGUUCAUCUGUUGAUAUUGCAUCACCAAAUUAGAAUAUUAGCUAUCAUUGCCCCAACAAUAUACAUGUUUGAAGGGCCUGCACGUCCUUGAAAGAAAAAAAAAACGGUACAUCUCACUUCAAAUCUCAGGUCAUUACCUGGAAACAAAUCAUCAGGAAUCUCAGAUGUCAUAUUCAUCAUAUGGCAACCGACGCCCUCGGACUCAAAAAGGCAAAAAAGCUCAACCUUCUAGACAGACUAGGACUACAGCCAAGUUAGAAGAGCCACACUUUGUAGUCUGUGGUGUAACUCUGAGUAGCGAUGAAGAUGAUGAUUCCUUUCACGAAACAAAAAAACUCAAAUCUGAUGGUAUCCACAAAUCCUCUGAAAAAUUGGAUGGCAACUCUUUGAACAAAGAACAGCCAAACAUUAAAGAAUGUGCAGCGUCAAAUGCUGUUUCAAUGGAUUUACCUGGUAUUGAUGCAGAAGAAAGGCUUGGAUCAAAUGAUUUUCUCCAUUGGAAUGGAGUUGCUGGAUUGAAGGAACCUUUUGUUGCCAUACACUGCAAGUCUGUUCGAAUUGGAUCAUACAGGUUUACUCCAGUGGGCCAGGUUUUAUUCUCAUCCAAAGGAAUUAUGCUACAAGCUCCAGUUUUUCACAACCAUAACGAGUCAUCAGAAAAGAGUGCUGUAUGGGUCAAUGUAGCUAUCCCAACUCAGCAAAUAAUGAAAGUGGAUGCUCAUUUCAGCAAACAGCUUAAAGUCAUCUUCUUAAAUUGUCUUCCAAGCUUGUGUCGACAGCUUUCGUCAAAAUUGGGGUUACCCAAAAGUGGUCCAUACUGGGAUUCUGCUAGCGAAGACGAAAGUCAAAAACUAUUAACCCUUUUUCCCGGCAAUUUGAACUAUGCAACGAAGAACGCUAUAAAAAAAGUCUUCGUUCCUCGAGGUGUCUAUCAUGUAAUUAAUCAUGCCGAGACCAACCGACUCUUGGUUUUUUCUGCACCUCCAGAAGUUCGUGAUGCGCUCAAUCGUCUCCACGCAGGAACUUCGGUACCAGCAGAAACGAGUGUUUCGUCGAUAGAUUCGCAAGAUGUGAUUGGUGACAAAGAAGAUGCUAUCAAAGAUUUACCUAUUGAUGCAGAAGAGAAAAUUGGAUCAAAUGAGUUUCUCCGUUGGAAGGAAGGUGGAUUGAAGGGACCUUUCGUUGCCGUAAACUGCCGGUCUGUUCGUAUAGGAUCAUAUAAGUUUAUUCCAGUGGGACAGGUGUUAUUCUCGUCCAAAGGAAUUAUGCUACAAGCUCCAGUUUUUCACAACCAUAACGAGUCAUCAGAAAAGAGUGCUAUAUGGGUCAAUGUAGCUAUCCCAACUCAGCAACUAAUGAAAGUGGAUGCUCAUUUCAGCCAACAGCUUAAAGUCAUCUUCUUAAACUGUCUUCCAAAAUUUUGUCGCCAGCUUUCGUCAAAAUUGGGGUUAACCAAAAGUGGUCCAUAUUGGGAUUCUGCUAGCGAAGACGAAAGUCAACAACGAUUGAUACUGCUGCUCGUUAAUUUGGAAUAUGCAGCGAAGAACGCAAUCAGACAAGUCUUCUUUCCUCAAGGUGUUUAUGACGAAAUUGACCAUGCCGAGGCCAACCGACUCUUGGUUUUUUCUGCACCUCCAGAAGUUCGUGAUGCGCUCAAUCGUCUUCGCGCGGGAACUUCGGUAUCAGCGGAAAGGAGUGUUUUGACAACUGUAACCAUGGUGGCGCAGAAGACGUUACCAAAGUCGAAGGAUUAUUCCAGGUACGUGGUAUUCAAGCAAGCAGUUUGGUGUUGCUGUUAUGUGCUUAUGUUUGCUCAGUGUUUGCUGCCUGACAUCAGCUGAAGAGGACAAGACAAUAUUGUUAAAUAUCUCUGGUGUUUUUGUUGAGUAGUAAUAUUUAAGUGUGCCCGUUUUAAGUGAUAUCAUGUUGAAGUUGUUUCACUUUUCAAUUGCAUGUGGCAAAUGCAAUCAUGCAUUAUAUAGGCCCUAAUACUUUAUGAUUCUGACUAUUCAAAUCCGACCGGCCAGCAUUGAUAAUUCGCUGAAAGUUUUGUUUAUUUAUCGUCCUUUUCACUAAUACCGCUAUAAUACUCGUAAAUAACUAUGGACCCGGAUAUGGUUUGUUUUUUCAAACUUGUGAAUUCUAGCAUAUUUGACGGGAGUUAUUCGGGGAAUUGUCCGUUUUGGGGAUUGGAAAGAUAAUUUCUAUUUCGCAGAUUUCCUAGAGCUGAAAUUCUGCAAAGACUUUGAUUGCGGCAAUUUUAUUUGAAAAUUUAGAUUCCUGACAAUUGUCAACAGAGGAAAAAAUCCCGGAUUCCGGGUGCCAAUAUAGCCAUUUUACUAUUUUCGGUUUCUAAUUUAGUUCCGAGCUUGGUAAAUCUUACUAUGACGCAAAAAUGAACCUACAUUUCGUGAUCCUCAUCAAAUUUAUGUUCGAUUUGAUGUGUCCUUGAGAAAUAUCGAAACAUCACUGAAAUUUGAAAAAUAACG